UCCUUCAUCUCAGCCAUGUUCACUCGUCUCCUCUCCUCUCUUCCUCCCUUUGUCUCCCCUCUCUCCCUCCUCCCCUCCUUCUGUCCUUCCUUCCUCCUCUUCGUCUUCAUUGUUGCCGCGGUCGUCUUCUUCCUCGUCAGAAACCAGACCAGACCUCGGUCCUGGUCCUCUGGUGCUCCGGCGGGUUGUGGUUCCCUCCCCUGCCUGCCGAGGCUCCCCGUCCUGGGCAGCCUCCCCUGGUUGGGGGGGGGCCUCCCUCCUCACCUCCUCUUCACCCAGCUGGCCCACAGGUACGGCUCUCUGUUUGCGCUCUACCUCGGCCCUCACUACACCGUCGUGGUCAACAACCAUCAACACGCCAGAGAGGUUCUCCUGCAGAGAGGGAGAGACUUCGCUGGACGACCGAGCAUGGUGACCACCGACCUUCUGACCCGAGGAGGUAAAGACAUCGCGUUUUCAGACUACACUCCUCUCUGGAAGUUACACCGCCGCCUCGUCCACAACUCCUUCACUCUGUUCGGAGAAGGGACCAGCCGCCUGCAGGACAUCGUUCUGUCCUCGGUGGACGGUCUCUGUGCCGAGCUGUUGUCCGGCGGGCGCCGUGGCUUCGACCCGUCGGCCGCGGUGACCUGGGCCGUCACCAACGUCGUGUGCACGCUGGUGUUCAGCGACACCUAUCGCCACGGAGACGCCGAGCUGCAGGAAGUGAUGCGGUACAACGAUGGCAUUGUGCAGACGAUCGCCGGAGGAGGACUGGUGGACAUUUACCCCUGGAUGAAGGUGUUUCCCAACAGGUGUCUCAGUAAACUGAAGGACUGCAUCACCGUCAGAGACCGACUGUUGUCACGGAAACUGGAGGAGCACAAGGCCUCGCUGAGUGACGGUGACCCCCGUGACCUCCUGGAUGCCUUGCUAAAGGGUAAGCCGGACGGCGGGCAGAAGUCCUCGGGGUCCGAUGAGGAGACGAUCACAGACGACCACGUCCUCAUGACGGCCGCCGAGGCGUUCGGGGCCGGCGUGGAAACGACAUCCACCACGCUGCUGUGGAUCCUGGCCUACCUGCUGCACCACCCAGAGGUCCAGGAGCGUGUGCAGAAGGAGCUGGACGAGCACGUGGGAAGCGAUCGGCCGGUGUCCAUGUCGGACCGCGGCCGGCUGACGUACCUGGACUGUGUCAUCAACGAGGGCAUGAGGAUCCGACCGGUCAGCCCGGUUCUGAUCCCCCACACCGCCAUGACCGACAGCAGUAUCGGAGGUCACUCCGUCCGUCGUGGGACUCGUGUUUUGGUCAACAUGUGGUCGAUUCACCACGACCCCCGACACUGGGACAAACCGGACCUGUUCAACCCAGAUCGUUUCCUUGACGACCAGGGCCGGCGGGUGACCCCUUCCUGCUUCCUGCCGUUCGGGGCGGGGCCUCGGGUCUGCGUCGGCGAAUCGUUGGCGAGGCUGGAGCUCUUCCUCUUCCUGUCCUCUCUGCUCCAACGCAUGAGCUUCACGCUGCCGCACGGGGCUCCCCCGCCCAACCUGCAGGGGCGGCUCGGCGUGGUCCUGCAGCCGCUACCUUAUGAGGUCGUUGUGACUCCGAGGGUGGGGUGGGAGGGCGGGGCUAAGUGA